AUGAGUCGAGUAUCUUGUGCUGCAUGCAAGUAUCAAAGAAGAAAAUGUACUUCAGAAUGUGUUUUAGCUCCUUAUUUUCCAGCGAAUCAGCCUAAAAAGUUCCAAAAUGCGCAUCGUCUCUUUGGUGUACGUAACAUGGUGAAAAUAUUGGACGAAUUGAAAGACGAAGAUCAAAAAUCAGACGCUAUGAAAUCUAUAAUUUUCGAGUCUGAUAUGAGGGAGAAGUUCCCUGUUUAUGGAUGUGUGGAGUGUAUUUCUUAUCUUCGCCAGCAAUUACAGAUUACUUUGCAAGAACUUCAAGAUGUACAGUCUCAACUUGAAUUCUAUAGACAACAACAUCCUACCGCUACAUAUCCUAAUUUCGACCGAUAG